AUGAAACACCUCACCAGAUAUCCCAUAAAUCAAAGACCAAUUUUCCAGAUGAUGAAAUCGAUUUUUCCAGGUGAAAUCCACGAGGUUUCCGGAGGCGUUAGGGUUGCAGAUUUCCAGCAUCUUUACAGUUGCAAGUUUCAGGCAUUAGGGUUACAGUCAUCUGGAGGAGCUGUUCACAUGAUGGCUGAUGGAGGCUGCGACUUUCGGGAGGAAAAGGCUCCGAUGGGGAGUUGA